AUGGGGAGAAAAAAGACCGCCCAAGAACUUGUGGACUUCAUCAACAGCAUCCCAGAUUCCAAGAUGUUGGGCUUCACCCACGGAGAACAUGAGUUGUUCAAGGACGUGAACUUUAGGCUGGACAUGCAAGGGCAGAUAAGCUGCUGUGACAAAGUAGCCCCUUUGCAUACGUUACUGCACCGGGUCCUGGAGAUAUGGCACCGGAUAGUAGCCUAUCAGUUUUACAAAGCCUUUGGUGUCUGA